AUGAGAAAAGAAGUCGCCAAGAAAAAAAAAGUCACGCUAGGACUUGCACAGGCACGGUAUAGGCUGCACAGUACUUCUGGGUGGAAGGCAGUCGAUGAUAAUAUAUACUCACUACAAGGGAAAACCCGGGAUGAAAUAUACAAAGACAUUUUAGCGUUCGUGUGCAUAUACACUGUUAUAGCAGUUAUUGUCCUGAUAAAUAUAUGCUUCGGCUACAUAUACCCGAGCAUAUCGAUGCUCAUAAUCACAGGAGUCGGGAUUAUGAAGUCCUGCACGCUCGAACCCCCGGAGGGGUCUACCAUUCUCCGAACUGCAUAUAUCCUUCUAUUAAAUGCCUUCGCUGUUUUCAUGCGGAGGUCUUUCUGGUGGUUUUGGUGGAUCUACUACACCAUUGUUAUUCUGCGAAUUCUCACGAACGAGUACGUAGAAACCACGAGGGGAGAUCUAGUGAGCCUUUUCUUUAUGACAGCAGCUGCUUGCAUCCUGUGGAGACUCGAUGUUUUUUACGCAUACGCACUUAAUACGCACGGCCUAUACUUUGGCAUACAGCUGCUCAUUUACCUCUUCAUUAAGCUGAAUUGGGGGCUUUUUUCCUACCUUUUUGACGAUGAUAUAUGCCCGUACUGGAGUACUAUAGAUGUAGAUGCUAUACCGAAGCCAGGGGAGGAUGUCGUCUUCGUAGGAGGAGAUCUGGAAAGGCUUAUAUACGAAAGCUACCCAGAUGAGGAGAGCGUCAGCACUUUUAAGCAUUACUUCGUGAAAACAGACCUAAGAAUAUACGCUAUGUACACAGUCUCUGCACUUAUAGGAGUUACCGUCUUCUACAUAUUCAUAUUAACCCAUCCAGACCUUCAAUUUGCCAGAUUCGACCUGUCUGAGCUCUAUAAGAGGGCAACUGCGUGGAAGGAAUUCCUGUACUCGUAG